GCGAAUGCAACCGAGGAAAGUGCACAACUCCAUACUUAAACACUUAAGUUGACAGAUGAGGCACAUAGUUAUAACAGUGUGUCUUAUUUGACUCGGUUUCCCAUGAAGCAUCAGUCAUAUUCCUCUUCGUGCGCAGCUUCCUGCUCUCGUGUUUAGAGGAUCUCCAUCUGCAGCAGUGUGUUGUCGUGCAUGUGUGUUGCAGUGUUGUGUGUUUACAAAUCAGGUGACGCAGUCGCAGACGCCAUCACGCACAGAAACGUGCAGCCAUAAUAAAAGCAACUUUAAAUGGAGGCAACCUAGGCUACAUGCUGCAGCCUUACGCAUCACAUCUGUACAUGGUGAGGUGAUGUGAGCUGGACACCAAGUCUUAAUGAUCAUGGAUCGAGGGUGGUUUAUAGGACAUGAGAGGAUUCCCUUGACAAAAUCUGAGCCGCAGAUGUGUGUCUCAAUGCCCUGCAUGACUAUCAACUUGACUGGAAUGCUUCAAGCAGAUAAACCUAAAGCAACAAAGAAGCCGAUUCCCAUCCGCCCGCCAAGCCCCAGGGUGCCAUCUCUGCCAAGGGACCAAGAGUUCCACCGCAGCUUCUCCUGUGAACCCACGCCGAAACCCAUCAUCCGAAAACGCUCCCACUCCCUGCCAUCCGGCACAGAGGGGAAGAAACACUGCAGGAAUGUUGGUGUACGUUUCAUCGACUCUUUGGGCCUCGACCUGGAAGACAUCAGACUUUUCAGAUCUGGAGAGGAUCCAUCGGUGCCGCAUCAUGUCACCUUUAGGUUGCUGAUGGCUGCAGAGUUGGCAGACGGAAGGCAUCUGGAGAUUUCCUUGCCAUACAUGAAGCCAGUUUUCUCUGAGCAACCCGGUGACCAACCAGGAUUCCUGCAUCGUCUCUGUGAGCAGAAAGUGUGUCUGGAGAGGGUGUUCUGUUUUGAACUGGGUGUCAUCGGAAUCACCCAGGUUGUCAAUUUGGACUUUGAGAAAGAGGUCACGGCUCGCUUUUCAUUUACAGAGUGGAAGAGCUGCACAGAAACGAAGGCCUCGUGGGUGUCCACCAUCACUAAGGCGUGGGAAGGAGGAGGCCAACUCAGUUGUGAUACAUUUCGUUUCCACCUUCCUGUUCCUCCGUUCCUACAGCCAGGAGCAGUGUUGGAGUUUGCCAUUCAGUACAAAGUCUGUGGGGAUGAAUACUGGGACAACAAUGAUGGCGAGAAUUAUAAGUUGGUUUGCCAUAGCUACAAGCUCACUGUGCCUAAAGAAUGUGAGGAUAGUAUGGUACACUUCAUUUAAGACGCCUACUAAAGCCAUUAAGAAGCACUUUAGCAAGAGCAGUUUCAAGUGUAUAACUGCAUUGUCAUAUACUGUUCAUUUUGUUAGUCUGAUGCUAACAGAGGAUCUCUUUGACUCAAGUUAGUUCCAAGAUUAACUGUAAAUAAACGUAGUCAGAAACACUGUUGCACUCUCACCUGAUGCUAACUAAAGUGCCACUGUUUUACUGUUUUUGAUGCACUGAAUUUCCUGGCUACUUAGAUGCAAAUUGUACUCUAAUGGGGGAACAUCCAGUGGAGAUGACACACACAGAGUGCUUCAUAAAUAUUCAGUGAAACUGAAAUAACAGCACUUCCAGGUGGUUAUUUGACAAAGAAAACUAUUUUUAUACAAUGCAGGAGUUUGAUCUGCCAAACCAUUUCCCUCUGUGGUCAGAUAUUAUUCUUGUCUUGUCAAACCAUAUCUCCAAAUGUAUUUUAAUGAAUAAUGAAAUUAAUGCUCAGUUUGGUAAAUAAUAAAGCACAGUCACACAUAAUGUUCAGCUUUUAUAAGUAUUUGUAUUUGUAUCAUUUAUAUAGGGUUAAGGUUAGUAAAAGUCCCACCUCUCAGCUGUCUUCCACUAGCUUCUGUGACUGAGUGUUUUUAUAGAUGUUUUUAGCUAAGUUUGAAUAAGCUGCUCUGCAGUAAAGUGAUAUUCUUUUCAUAGAGGUCCUCAUCAGUGAAGUAACAAAAUCACCAACUCCAUCUGUCGACCUGAUAUAAGUGUAACUGUCUUGGCUGAGUGGGACACGUAUGAAAUGGAAAACGUAUUAAAACGUAUCACACAUGCCAGCAUGUAAAAAUGUCAACAUGUGUUUGAUCCAAACCAAUCAUACAUGAAUUUAGCUGAUUCACUGUACUGUUAAGGCAUGACUUACACUG